GACACUUACAUUCAUGGAAAAACAAGGAGAAAUAGAGAAAGGGAAAACAAACAAUUUUGAGGUGUCAUUUUCUGCUCAUCUCAAGGACGUUGUCAACGUUCUGGAUUUCAUGGAGAGGUUAAAGAAUGAAGAAGGUCAAAAUGCUGUCGACAUGGCCAAUCAAAUUGAAGAGCUGAAAUUUCAGCUGGCAGUUAGUUGUACAUAUGUCCAGCUUUCGCAUUGUGAUUUGGAAGAGUUUAAAGAUGAAAUGAGUGAUUCAAGACAAAGGGUUGAGAAUCUGCUUCGACAAAUUUUGGUCGGAUGUCAAUACAACAUGGAUCAUGUUCUUCCUAGACUCAGGGAUAAUAUCGAUGAUU